AGUCAACGUGUAGUAGAUGUGUCUUCUAGUCUCAUGCUCACGUUUCCCGCGGAUUACUACUGAAGUGAAAAAGUGUGCUCAAUCGCUUGACAUUUUUCCACAGCAAAUGGGCAACUUUCUGAUAAUUAUGGAGACCAGAAAAAGGAGGACAUAAACGCAAUCUUGUUUUAAAAAGUAAAUUAUUGUUUUAAAAAGGAAAUUCGUAUUGUUAUGUUAUACUUUAGAUGGUCUUUAAAACAUUGAAACUGUUUUCUGGCAAACGAGUGACAACACGUGCGUGCUGUUGUUUGUUUGUUGCGGGACACAAGUGUCAUCGGGAAAGCUGGGAAUGAAAGUAUCGACCGAUUUGUUUUUAAUCAGUGCUGUCCACCCCAGAGAAGCGUGCCUGUCACGAGGAGGUGUGUCUUAUUUAAUAUGAAACGGUGACGCCCGCUGUGCCGACUUCGCGCUUCUGCCCGUGGGGGUGUGACGUCACGUGAGUGGCCCGUGUUCGUUCCAGCUGAGCGAAAGCCCGGACGGCUCGAGCUCAGAGCGUGCGGCAACACACACGGAUGAACAGGAGGAGGUUACCACAUGGGGAAAAGCGAGUGACCGAAUAAAAAAUAAUAACGACAGCAUCCAGCCAAUAGCACUACGCAGCCGAAAUUGACUCUUUUGUUAAUUGUGAGACGACGCAAGUUUCUUUGCUCCGUUAUUAUUCGUGCACGGACUAUUGAAGUUAUUGUUUGCGCCACUGGAUUUUUAUUAGUACACAUUUGUACAUUCGCAGUUGUUGUCUACUGGGAUUGUUGAAUCCUGUUCAUUUGUUUUUGUUGAACGGUGGACUUAGUUUUAAAGUUCCACCGAAGCUCCCGAGACUUUCUGGAGAUGUUGGGAAUGCAUAUUUGUAUCUACACGACGAGUCUACAGUCAGAUGCAUUCAGAAUGGCACACUUCAAAUAAAGUCUUUCUUUACUAAAGUAUUGAACCAUCCAAGCAUCUACCUGUCACUGGAGUUAAAUCCGACGGACGUUGAAUGAUGGCCAGGCCACUUUCACAGAUCCUUCCCCCGGACCUGCCCUCUGCUGGAGCGAGCCCCCAGUUCGGUAACAGUAGCCAGGCAGGAGGCUCGAUUGGAGGUGGGCACAACUCCACCGCAAACUUAAAGUCUCUCCUGCAACUUCCCGUGAAGGCUGACCAGCGCGUGAAAGACUGUUGUGAAAUGAAGGGUAAGGACAGGUUGGAUAUUAACGAAGACUCUCUUGGUCGCGGUCCUCCGCGCAACGGCUGCAGCAAUGGACUAGUUGCUGACAGCAACGGAGCAGGCACGGGCAGUUUCUCUAUCCACAACAACAAUUCCUUCCUGGGCCCGUUGCUAUGGGAACGAACAUUGCCAUGUGACGGCGGUCUGUUCCAGUUGCAGUACAUGGAUCUCGAAGAGUUUCUGACGGAGAACGGCAUGAGCAGUAUGCACAGCACCUCCAACUCCACCUCCGCUCAGAUACCAUCCCAGAGCUCUCAGUCUGCCAUCCCUAACCAGGGCUCCCAGUGCCUCCCCACCUCUCCCCCACACUGCUCCUCUUCCUCCUCACCGUCAUCAGCCACCGCUUCCUCCUCGCCAUCGCUGCUCGGGCUGGACAUGCACACGCCGCAAGGCAUGAUGGGAGCUGCAGACUGCUUGCACAGCACACCACCAGGUAGUUUGGAGCCGACGCACUCACCUCACUCCACCACCUGUCCACCACUCCCUUCUUCGCCCAUCAUCAACAACAACAACAACAACUUGCCCUUUGACCCUGACCCAGCAGACGUUGCACUGUCAAGUGUGCCUGGACAGGAAGCCUUUGACCCCCGCAGGCAUUGCUUCAGCGAGGAAGAGCUCAAACCUCAGCCCAUGAUUAAAAAGGCUCGUAAGAUGCUGGUCCCUAACGACCUGAAGGACGAUAAGUACUGGAGUCGACGUUGCAAGAACAACGAGGCCGCGAAGCGUUCACGCGAUGCCCGUCGACUGAAGGAGAACCAGAUCUCAGUGCGUGCCGCUUUCCUUGAGCGUGAGAACGCUGCACUCAGACAGGAAGUAGCUGACAUGCGCAAAGAGCUCGGCCGAUGCCGGAACAUCUUGAACAAAUACGAGAGCCACCAUUUGGAUCAGUAAGAAGGAAAGGAGGAGAGGAAGAAAAGAUCUGUAGAAUAUGAGAUGAUAGACAGAGAAUGCAAAGAACGUUUAUAUGAUGACUCUGCUAAAGACAGAGGAUGCAGAGAACUGCGGCAAAUAUAUGGAAUUGAUGUAUAAAGAUGGCACAAGACCUGAGGUUUUAGACUGGAGUGAGAGAGAUUGUCAUCUCUCUCAAAUUUUUGUUUUCUGUAAGGUACAAUGGCAAUGAUUUUAAUUAUGAAGAGUUGUAUAUUUUUAUACGAUAGAAAUAUGAUUCAAGGGAAAAGGAACAUUUAGACAUUUUUGUAUAUUUUCUAUGUCUUUGAGGUGGGUUUUAUGCAGAAACAGAGUGAAAGAGCGAACUGGUAGAGGUUUUACUUGUAAUAUAAUGUUAGAAACAAUCAGCACUUGGUUGAGGUAUUAGCUCGUGAAUCCGAGCAAAAAUGGGCAAUUUGAGUUUUAGAAAAUAACUUUCUAGAGAUAUUAGCUGUAAAAUAAUGAGACUAUAUGAAUUUGUAUAGAAAUGUUGUUAAUAUACCUUUAUUCAAGCACUUAUGUUGUGAUUAACCUGAUUUAGCAGAGAUGGUGGACAACCAUGGAGGACAAUGACAGGUGCAUCUCAACUCUUUGGACAAACCAUUUUCUACUGCUGCCAUUUUUUAUACUCAAAGAAAAACUGAGCAUAUAUUGGUAGUCAGAAACAUGAAGACUUGCAUUAAUUACAACACAUUUUAUUGGCAUUUUUCUUAUGUGAGGUGAAUAGGUUUUUUUCUCUUUGGUAUCUUUCAUCUAGAUGUACUCUGACUCAUGGUAACACAAAAAAAUCAAACAACCAGGAGCCAUCUGAGUGCCAGCAGCACAAUGUGCGUCGUAACAUCUCACGUGAACUUGCGGAGGCUGUUCUUGCUGUGCAAAAACAACAUUUCGACCUCUCUGGAUUGAAAAAAUGGGCUCUUGUCUUAUUGUAUAGAAUGAUUUUUGUAUUGGAUGUACAGGAAUUUGCAUUUCAAAACCGGUUGAUAUGCAUACAAUAGUAUGUUGCAUUUUUGAUGGUUUGCACCUGUAUAUGCAAACUUAUUCAAGCCAAUGAGCUGUCUCACUUGUAUUGGAAUGAUUUUGAAUUUUUAUCUGUAUUGGAAUUAUUUUUAAUCUGAUCACUAAAAUCAGUGAAAUUCCUUUUUAAAGUCUUUUUCAAGGUUUGUUUUGUGGCUCUUUAUUUUUCCGGUCACUCCUGAUUGUUUCCUUAAUGACCAUUACAUUGCAUAUUAUGAAUUGUUAUUAUUAUGAUAUUGACUUAUUGCUCUGGUCAUUAUUACUGUUACAAAUACGAUGAUUGAAUUAUUUCUUUUGUUGUUUAUGUUCCUUAAUAUUGUAUACUUUUAAUGUUCCUUUAAAAGAGAAUACAAAGUCUCUUGUAAAGAUUUUGUCACUUCCUGUUUAUUGCAUUCAUUGUCAACACCAGCUGUAGUGUUGCUAUGAUAGGCAGGUCAAUUUGUAUAUCUGAGGAACACUUGAAAGAACUUGCGCUUGUCAAUCAAGAACUUUGAUUUCCCCCCAAGUAAAUUAUUUUUUUGCAGAACAGAGGCCCUUCAUACAUUUACUUGUUUUCGCUGUUUUUGUGCGUUUAGGUAUUUGGGCAAAUUCCUUUUUGCUCCUUAACCUGACAACUUUUUUCUCAUCAGUGAGAGUAUACUCAUGUAGACGAAUCACUUUCUGCACUUUCACAUGUGGAUGACUCUUGUGUUGUGACUCUUUGUUUUUUUUUUUUAUGUACAAAUGUCCUAAUGCAUCAGUGUACCAGCACUGCACCUAGCCAAAGUAAUGCAGGGGAAUGUAGUCUUUUUCUCCAAGACCGCAAAUAAACAAUUGUCCUUACUCACUAAA